AAAGCGCAACGUAAUAUUAGCGGGAUUUUUGUCUUGUUUCUUUCAUUGAGCGGUUCGCGGGAACUUCAGUGUAGGUGGCGGUUUUCCUCAGUUAGUACAUGUUUAUAGCGUUUCAGGAUUUUAUUUUUUGGUUUAAAACAAAACUUUCUGGUGUUCAGGAUGCUGUUUCGUUUUGUCGUCGACCGAGGAGUGGGUAAAAGAAGGCGUAACGAUAAGCACGGGGAUUACCCGUUGUCGUCUCUGUUGGAGUGUUUCCGGUGUGCCCGUCAUGACGAGCACGUGUCUUAUGGAGACUCGGGCGUCGCUGUUCCUCCGUUCGGAUGCACGUUCUCCACAGCUCCCGGACAGGGCAGCAUGCUGGCUGUAGCGAAUGAGGAAGGGAUCGUGAGCCUUUAUAACACCGAGAGACGCAGCACUGUACUGAAAGAAUGGCUGGCGCACGAUAACGCGGUGUUCGAUAUCGCCUGGGUCCCCGGAGCAAACAACCUCGUGACCGCGUCGGGGGAUCAGACGGCUCGGCUGUGGGACGUGAUCUCCGGGGAGCUGCUGGGAAGCUUUAAAGGCCAUCAGUGCAGCCUGAAGAGCGUGUCCUUUCCCACACGUGAGAAAGCUGUUUUCUGCACCGGAGGCAGGGACGGGAACAUCAUGCUGUGGGACAUGAGGUGUAGUAAGAAAGACGGCUUCUACAGGCAGAUGAAACAGAUUAGUGGAGCUCAUAUGAAGGUGGAGCGAAACACGCCGCCAGCGAAGAAAAAGCGAGCUACGUCAAGAGGAAUGGCUCCUUCUGUGGACUCUCAGAGGGGUGUGACGGCUGUUCUGUUCCGUGACGAGAACACGCUCAUCUCGUCGGGAGCCGUAGAUGGGAUGAUUAAGAUGUGGGAUUUGAGAAAGAGUUACACGGCGUACCAGCAGAACCCCACCCCACUCCAGACCUAUAGGUACCCGGGAUCCUCCACACGCAAGCUAGGUUAUUCAGGCCUGACGUUAGACUGUACGAGCUCCAGGCUGUUCUGCAACUGCACGGAUGACAACAUUUACACGUUCGACGUGAGUGGAAUGAAAACGACGCCAGUGGCUGUGUUCAGUGGCCACCGGAACUCCUCGUUCUACGUGAAGUCCAGCGUGAGUCCGGACGAUCAGUUCCUGGCCAGCGGGUCGAGUGACGGCAACGCUUAUAUCUGGAAGAUCUCUGACCCAGCUCAGGCUCCUGUUAUGCUUCAGGGUCACAGCCAGGAAGUGACAUCAGUCACCUGGAGCCCCUCUGAUUUUACGAAGAUCGCGACCUGCUCUGACGACAACACCGUGAGGAUCUGGAGGCUCAGCCGCAGCGUCGGCGGAGAAUACUCAGCAGGAGAUUUAAACCUUGUAGGCUGGGCAUGCCGCAAAAUCCAGACACCAUCCCGACCAUCUGGCUCCUCCCCUCAGGUUGAUGUAACCCCCGUUCGGAGCGGUAGGUCAGGCAGCGACGACUCUCUGUUAUCCCCUCAGCCCGGCUCGUGCGCCCCUGGCGGUGCCGACUUCCCUCCUCCAUCCGUCACCUCCUCUCCCGCUGAUGCACCCUGCCCGCCCCGAUCCAAAACUCCGCCCUCCAUCCCCGUCGUUAACACGCUCGGCUCGGAGAGGCGCGCCAAACGCCGCCUGGACACGAGCGAGGCGUCAGCGGCGGGGGAAGACGAGAGCGACGGCGUGACCGAGCUCUAUCCCGACCGUAAGAGGAGUCGGCAGUCCGCGAGCGCUUUCUGCCACCCGGCAGAGGAAAGAACCGAGCAGAAGGAGAAAGAGAGGAUGGGCUCGGAUAAGGAGAACCGCUCGCCGCUGAAGGCCGACUGGCUUUCCGCCAUGAGCCGGAAACUGAAACAAUCUCACAGCGGAGCCGCGUUACAGAAAAGCCCUAAUGGAGUAAAGAGACCAGACUCGAGGACGCCGUCCCUCCCUGCGCUGAGCUCUCCGCCGUCUGUGAAGAAGGCCUCCUCCCCUCAGACGAAGACAACUUCCUCUCCGGCUUCUAUGAAAAAGAUUUCUGCGUAUUUUCAGAAAACACCGCAAGACUGAUCCUCAUGCGUGUUCAAGUUCUCGAGGCUUUACUCGGCCGCUAAGUUUUGGACACUACGUUUUUAAAGAAAUAUCCAGCAGUGUUCUACUGUGUGUGAAUUUUACCCUCCAUCUUUUGUCUUUCAGCAAGACGAAUUUUCGAGGGAAUGUUUUUAUGCAAAAGGACAAACUAUAUUUGAGAUUUUUUUAUAUAUAUAUAUAUAUAUGUAUAUAAAAAAAAAAACACUGUAUUUUACUUGACCGUUCCUAAAAUUGAUUUGCGAAGCUGUCAUUAAUGGAGUGUUCACACACAUGUUGAGUGGACGUGUAUAUGACGUGUGUGUUGUCAGCUACGUUCAUAACGCAUACUUUUUGUAUUAUUGUCGUUCUUCUUUAAACUGUUGCAUACUGCGUUGGUUUGAUCUGAUCAUUAAAUACAUGCGCUCUGUUUGGUGAA